GUGAAACUUUAUCUGAUGUUGAUAAGGUAAUAAAAUCUGAAUAUGCAAGUCCAGAAAUUAGUAGUAAAGAAAAUAAUGUUGACAUAUUUUACAUUGUUCAAAUUUCUUGGAGGAAUCAAAGA